GCGAGGAAGGUUUUAACCCUUUCGAUUUGUGUACAUUGAUAUCAAAAUGCAUUUUUCUUUAUAAAGUACUAAUUUUUUCCAAGCGUGAUAAGUGAACAGUUUCUAGCAUACGAAAAGUUGAUGUUACCUCAUUGUAAUAUCGUAAAAACUAUAUUAGUGACGUUUGAUCGUGAAUUUCAGUAUGUGUAUUACUUAAAGCAUAUUAUUCAAAUCGAUAUGCACAGAUAAAAGAUUUUUAAAUAUACAAAGUUCCUUUACUAAUGGACGACGAUACAAUCGCUUUUGGAGAAGAGGAUGAAGCUAAUCAAAAUGGCAAUAAACUCAAACAUCCGUAUGUCACUAUGUUUCACUUGGUAUUCAGAGUAGCAGCAGCGGUGGUUUAUAUAUUCUGUGAAACUUUUUCAAGCAGUUUUGUAGCUAACUUUAUAACUGUAGUAUUACUUUUGUCAAUGGACUUCUGGACAGUGAAAAAUAUUACUGGAAGAUUGAUGGUUGGCCUCAGGUGGUGGAAUUACGUGGAUGAUGAUGGAAAAAGUCACUGGGUAUUCGAAUCCAGAAAGGGUGUUCAACAGAACCGCAUCAAUUCCCAGGAAGCUCGUAUAUUUUGGUUGGCAUUGAUUUUCUGCCCGCUUCUAUGGUCGGUGUUGUUCAUAACAGCAUUUUUCGGCUUUAAAUUCAAAUGGCUGUUGCUCGUGUGUAUCGCAAUCGCUCUGAACGGCGCUAACUUGUAUGGAUACGUGAAGUGUAAAAUGGGAAAGGAUCAAAACAUCUCGGCAACAACGAGCAAUUUCUUGAGGAAACAGGUCAUACAAAAUGUUGCAUCUAUGAUGACCAGGAGUCCUCCUACAACCAAUCCAAACGAACCGGCCAACAUGAUAUGAGCUGUAAAUUUUCAGACGUGAUAUUAUUUAAAUAGAACGCUGCCAUAAAGAGCAUCGUACUGGAAACACUCUAAUUUGUACAUACGUAUUAACGUGAAUAUUAUUAUUACUAUAUGUAUCGACGAAACGAUAUAAUAAAGUUGCUAUUUAAAUCA